UCUUUUGGACAACGGUAACCAUGACCCAGUCCCUACUCGUGAUACAUAAGCAUUAGGGAUUUGUCAUGAAGGAAUGUAUGGAUCAGAAUAUUAUCAGGGUCAACUGUCAGAAAUUACAAAGUGAGGAACUAUCGUUCCCAAAUCCACACAGAGGAGCUGAGAAGAGAAAUGGACUCUUUUCCAGUAUUCAAGAUUAUGCAAUAAGUUUGGUAUUUAAGACUCUUCAAGUAUUCGACGCUUUUGCAUGUGUGUCAGCAUGUCUCAGGGAACCCAGAUGUCAAUCAGUCAACUUUGGUACCUCAGGACAUCCCAAACACCUUUGCGAGCUCAGUCACAAAAAACUGGAAUGCAGUCCAGCCUAUAAAGAGCCCAGACCAGGGUUUAUUCAUUAUUUCCCUGCUAAGACUCAACCUGUCACUAAUGACCCGUGCGACAAAGUGCCACGUAAGAAUGGAGCGACUUGCGAACCACUGUGCGACGAUCCAGGCUUUCGAUGUAAAUGUGGGGCAUUCAACAAAGGUCAAUAUUGCCAGUUAUGGAAAGUUGACGUUUCAUCAUGUCAAGAUAUUUUUAGCAAAACCAGCUAUCGUGAGGACAUGGCCUACACGUACACGAUCGACAACAAACAAACAGAUAUCUAUUGUCAUUUGUCAAGCGAUCUGUGUGGAAGUAGGGGGUGGACGCUGGCCAUGAAGACUGACGGCUCCCAGAACACAUUCGCUUUCUCGUCACCCUUGUGGUCUGACAAGACAGCGUAUAAUCUAUCAGCAGGUAAAACCGGUUUUGACAAUCACGAGACCAAGAUGCCCAGCUACUGGGCUAUGCCUUUCCAGAGCUUGUGUGUUGGUAUGAAAGUCGGGAAUAACUUGAACUGGGCUCCUAUUCCUUAUCUGUCUUCUUCCUUGUACGACGCCAUUGCUGAUGGAAGACGAAGCACCUUCACUAUUGGUCGAAACAAAUGGCGGUCUCUUAUUAGAGGAUCCUCAUUACAGCAGUAUUGUGAGACCGAAGGCUUUAAUAUCGGUGUAUUCACUGCUGUACAGGCUCACGCGAGGAUUGGCAUCGUCACGAAUGACCAAAAUGAAUGCCUUUCACCAGAUAGUAAUAUUGGUUUUGGUUUCUCAUGGAGCAAUAUAACAUGCGGAAAUUACUGUAAUCAUAGCUGCAAUAACGGAGUUAAAUCAAUACAGGCCUUCGGGUACAUCUUCAUCAAAUGAAGAGUCACCUAAAGAACACCAGUGUGUGUAUGUAAAUAUAAGAUAAUAUAGGAUGUACGACAAAGAAAAUUGUCUUCCAAGACCUGUCCUGUCACUCAAUGCCAAUUUCUCUUAUGAGCAUGGCCGACCAAAAUACUUGACGAUUGCCUUUCCCACUUAUCAAAUAAUAAUUUCUGUGUUUGUU